UUUGCAGCUGCAUUUGUAGCUGCAUUUGUCUUUUCUUACUGUCCUGGUCUGUUACUGUCCAGUGAUCUCAGCUGUAGCCGUUUGAAACCCUUUCAAGGAUUUUGUUGUCUGCCUGUCUCGGACACAUGAGUGGAAAAACAUCAGGUUCCGGUGUGAGAUGAUCUGUAGUUUAUCUAACUGGAAUGUAACAGUCAGGUUAAUGAAGCUGCUACGUGUUUCUAAAGCCGUAUACGUGGAUUUCAUUUAAUAGCAGCGAGUAAACUUGAAUCCCGUUUGGUGUCAGAGGAGGCGAGGACCUUACAGUUAAUAUGGAUUCCGACAGGAGGAGAGACAGCCGGAGCUGGGACUGGGACAGCCCGCAGUGCCGAGCCCAGCUAGACGAGAUCUUUUUCCGCCAGCAUGACUACAUCCAGGCAGGCAGCCCGGACCACAAAGAGUUCUGGGCUUUCUUUGACCGCUUCCAGAGGUUUAAAACAAAGAGGGACAUGUCUGGGUCCGGGGGAGCCGGACGAAAAGAGGACAAAGGGGGAGGGCAAGACAGAGGAAAGACUGGAAAAGUGGACCUUGACCUUCCUAAGGAGUAUGACGCUCGCUACCGGAUUAAUGUUUCUGUGUGCACCAGGGACAUCGAGGAGCGCCUGGGAAAGUCAGAGCACAGAAGCAGGCAGAGGUCCUCAGGACCAGGCACUCGGGAGGUCUCAGACUGCCGCCUGGCUCUCCUACACUUCCUGGACUUCAGCCAGAGACAGAGUUUUGGAAAGCUGGCCAAGCUUCGCCGGGAGCAGAAGAACCUGCCCAUCUUCCAGUACCGGGACAGGAUAGUGGAGCUGGUGCGAAGUCACCCUGUGGUUGUGGUGGCAGGGGACACGGGCUGUGGGAAAUCCACCCAAGUCCCUCAGUACCUUCUUUCAGCAGGCUUCAACAAUGUGGCCUGCACUCAGCCUCGACGUAUUGCCUGUAUAUCCCUGGCAAAGAGGGUCAGCUUUGAGAGUCUCAAUCAGUAUGGCUCAAAGGUGGGGUACCAAAUCCGCUUUGAGACCACCCGGACCCUGGCCACCAAACUGCUGUUCCUGACCGAGGGGCUGCUGCUCCGACAGAUCCAGCAAGACAGGACGCUGGCUCAGUACCAGGUGGUGAUUGUGGAUGAGGUCCAUGAGAGACAUCUCCACUGUGACUUCCUUCUCGGGGUCCUGCACUCUCUGGUGGCUGAACGCCCAGACCUGCGUCUCAUCCUCAUGUCGGCCACCAUCAACAUCAAGCUUUUCUCUGACUAUUUCAGUAGUGCUCCCGUGCUGCAGGUACCAGGCAGGCUGUUUCCUAUACAGGUGAUAUACCAGCCCAUUCCACCGGAGGAGCAGCCCUCACGUUCAGAGAAACUGGAUCCCAGACCAUACCUGCGCAUCCUGCAGGGCAUCGAUCAGCGUUACCCCCCAGAGGAGCGCGGCGACCUGCUCCUCUUCCUUAGCGGCGUGGCGGAAAUCUCCACCAUCCAGGAGGCCUGUCAGAUUUAUGCCACACACACACGUCGCUGGAUAGUCUUAACACUGCACAGCACGCUCUCACUGGCCCAGCAGGACAAGGUGUUUGACGUUGCGCCACCUGGGGUGAGAAAGUGCAUCAUCUCUACUAAUAUUGCUGAGACUUCGGUUACAAUCGAUGGGGUACGCUUUGUGGCUGACUCAGGAAAGGUAAAAGAAAUGAGUUUUGAUCCUAAGGCCAAGAUGCAACGUCUGCAGGAGUUCUGGAUCAGCCGAGCCAGUUCUGAGCAGAGAAAAGGUCGAGCCGGUCGUACAGGUCCGGGAGUGUGUUACCGCCUGUACGCUGAGUCUGACUACCAUGCCUUCGCACCUUAUCCUGUGCCUGAAAUCCACAGAGUGGCUCUGGACUCCCUCAUUCUCCAGAUGAAGAGCAUGGGUCUUGGAGAUCCCUUUUCUUUUGUCUUCAUUGAUCCACCUCCAGCUGCUAGUAUCCAGACUGCGGUUACUUAUCUGAAAGAGCAGGGGGCGCUAGACAGUCUUGGUGAACUGACCUCUAUUGGGAGGUUGCUGGCACAACUUCCUGUGGAUGUGGUCAUAGGGAAGAUGCUGGUGCUGGGCUCUUUGUUUAACCUUGUGGAGCCCGUGUUGACAGUGGCAGCCGCCCUCAGCGUUCAGUCGCCUUUCCUGCGCAGCUCACAGCACAAUCCAGACUGUGCCACCGCCCGCCAGCCCCUGCAAAGCAACCAGGGGGACCCCUUUACCCUGCUCAGUACCUUUAAUGCCUGGGUGGAGGUGAAGGGAGAGAGAGGUGGCGGCUCCAGGAAGUGGUGCAGGAGGAGAGGCUUGGAGGAGCAGCGACUAUAUGAGAUGGUCAACCUACGCAGACAGUUCAAGGACUUGCUGAGGAGCCACGGCCUGCUGGAGUCCGAGCACGGUGCUCCCUCCGAUGGGGACCGCGGACAGCGCAGGGAGAGGCUAACGGAGAGGAGGAAGCUGCAUCAGCUGAAGAGAGAUCACGAGCAGCAGGAGGGCAGCAGGCGUAAAGUCCUGAGGCUGGAAGAGGGCCAGGACAGAGAGUGGUCCUCAGGAUCAGACACGGAGGAAACUGGCAGAGGAAAGAAGGACAAGGAGGGAUCGGGACAGAGCAUGGACAUACAGGAGGUGAAGUUCAAGUUGCGUCACAACGUGUCGGAGCUACGGGAGGCGGUCAGCGUCAGUCAGGACUUGUCCUCCCGCCAGCAGGCUUUGCUUAAGCUGCUGCUUUGCCGAGGCCUCUACCCUCAGCUGGCUCUGCCCGAUGACCACAACUCCACCCGCAAGGACUCCGAGCAGGUGUUUCACACAAAGAAUAAGCAGGGAGUGGUGAUCCACCCGACCAGUGUGUUUGCCAGCGACCCCGAGGUCUUACAUGUGCCUGAGGAUGACAGCAGAGAAAUGGGGCCUGAUCGCAAGGACAGCAGCAGACACCAGCUGCUGGCCUUCGUCACCCUGUUGGAGACCAACAAGCCAUAUUUGUCCAACUGUGUGCGGGUUCCAGCACUGCAAGCUCUGCUGCUGGUAGCGAACUCUGUGGACAGCAAUGCUGACUGUACACGUCUGGUGGUGGACGGCUGGCUGGAGCUAGAGCUGAGGGAGCCGGAGGAGGCCCUGAAGGUGCUGUCCACAGCUCUGACUUUCAGGGCUGAGUGGGAGCGCCUCCUGCUGGCCCAACUGGGACAGAGCAAGGUUGAGGGAAAAGCAGUCCAGGGGUUGUCCCGCAAGGUCAUGGAGAAGCUGAGCGAAGGCCUGGUCCGCUUCCUGCUGUACACUGAGGUCAGUUACAGCCUACGGCGACUCACGGCUUUUCAGACCCAGAACCUCUAUAUCGGCCCUCACUCUGAGUCAGAGCUGUCUCACGGCAUUGCUCCGGAUCCGAACCCGCUGUUUCCAGGAGCCGAGGCCAAGCCGCACCCCGUUAAAGGAGGCCUGCGUGUCACCAGCUUCUUCACCUACAACUGCCUGGCUGACUCUAGGGAUCUCUACAGUGAGUGUUUACGCACCUUCUGGACCUGUCCUAACUGUGACCUCUACAUGCCUCUGACUCCGCUGGAGCGCAUGCAGCACGAGGCCUCCUGCAGGCCAGCGGGAGAAACGCAGCAGCCCGAGGAAGAGCCAGCGGAUGGGAAAGCAGGCACAUCCUCAGGGUCCAGUCUUACCAGAGUUUAUCACUGUGAUGUCUGUAACGAAGACUUGACCCUCACCCCGACUGAGAUCCUCAAACAUAAAAGGCAGCACAUGUACUCUGCAAAGUAACGGACCGCUGACUGACCACAGCACCUACAGGACAACAACUAAUCACAACUUGUGUCUGUUCUGUUGAGGAUUGACUGAGUUGGUUUGGUUUUUUGAUUUUUUUUACAUAACAUUUGUGACACCCCUCCUUCCUUUUGUACUUGAGUAACUUUAAAUUAAAGUGCUGUUACU